AUGGAUCGGCCGCGCGGCGCGACGACGGCGCGCGCGACGACGCGGGAGACGCGAGCGCUGGUGCGACGGGCGAUUGGGCUGAGCGCGCUCGCGGGCGUGGCGUUGGCGGUGAUGGGGGCGAGCGCGCGGGCGACGACGCGGGUGUUGAACGCGCGCCUGCGAGAGGUGGCGAGCGGUGGGACGGAGGCCGACGGCGCGCGGGCGCUGGGCGCUGGACGGGUGCGGAGCGUGCGCGAGCACGCGCUGGGGCGGAUGGGUAGACCGGAGGGGGUGAUGGGCGACGUCGGGGGGGGGGGGCGAGACGAGACGACGACGUCGAAGGCGGACGCGCGGAGAGAAAACGCGGACGCGAGGGACGACGGGGACGACGCGUUCGCGAGUGAGGUGGAUGCGUACGAUGCGGGUGACGUGGACGACGCGGAUGACGACGCGGUGGUGGUGGAUGAGGCGGAGGCGUGGGGAGCGAUGUUGCGCCGCGGCGGAGCGACGGAGCGAUAG